AUGUUUCGCCUUCGCCCGGGCCGAUCGACGACGCUGACGGCGCUGCGACGCAAAGCCACGGUGUCGGGGACGUGGCUUGAGGGAGAGAUGAAACUGGAUACCAACUUCGUCCAUGCUGCUGUUACGCCGGAGCCCAAGAGUGGUGCCAUCCUCACCCCACUCUUUCUGUCCACCACCUUCAUUCAGGAGUCAGUGGAAAAGUACCUGGACAAGGGCUAUAGCUACUCGCGAACCAACAACCCCACGGUGACAGUGCUGGAACAGAAGCUAGCGAAGUUGGAGAAUGGGUACGGUGCCUGCGCCUUUGGUACGGGCAUGGCUGCCACCACCAGCGCCAUCUCAGCUACCAUGCAGGCUGGUGACCACUGCGUCAUUUCGGACUGCUCCUAUGGUGGCACAAACAGGUCCUGCCGCGAGUUCUUCACGCCGAUGGGCAUGGAGUUCACCUUUGUGGAUUUCCGGGAUCCUGAGAAUGUCAAGAAGGCCAUGAAGCCUAACACCAAGCUGGUCUUCAGUGAGACCCCUGCAAACCCUGUCUUGUCUUUGACCGACAUCGAGGCUGUCUCCAAGAUCGCCAAGGACGCAGGCGCAAAGCAUGUGGUUGAUGCGACCUUUGCAACACCUGUGAUCUGUCGUCCGCUGGACUGGGGUGCAGACAUGGUGAUUCAGAGCUUGACCAAGUACUACGAGGGGCACAACAUCAUGACGGGAGGUGCCGUGAUCAGCAAGGACCAAGCACUUCACGAGAAGGUGAAAUGGGCCCGGAGCCUCUGA